AGAAGUUGUGCAACCAGUAAAACCACCGCGGGGUGAGGGGAAACAUUAGGAAAACCUCACAUGAGAUUUCCCGGAACUCUUAACUUUACCGCUUUUCUCACUGAACGUUUGCAACGUGCACGACGAGCAACGCGGGAGACGAAACGUUCCCACUUAAUGUCGAAGCACUCUUGGUGCCGAGUGUCACUAUGAGAUGUCGUCUCCGAGCGCCUCCUUCGUGCAAAUCAAGUUCGACGAUGUCCUCUUCUACGAGAACUGCGGCGGCGGCAGCUUCGGGAGUGUGUACCGAGCCAGGUGGAUCUCCCAGGAUAAAGAGGUGGCGGUGAAGAAACUGCUCAAGAUUGAAAACGAGGCGGAAAUCCUCAGCAUCCUCAGCCACCGUAACAUCAUCCAGUUUUAUGGCGCGAUUGUUGAGGCUCCCAACUAUGGAAUCGUCACAGAGUAUGCGAGCGGGGGAUCGCUGUACGACUACCUGUCCAGUGCUGAGAGUGAGGAGAUGGACAUGGGGCAGAUCAUGACAUGGGCUGCAGAGAUCGCCAGAGGAAUCCACUAUUUACAUUCAGAGGCCCCUGUUAAGGUGAUCCACAGAGACCUGAAGUCCAGGAAUGUUGUUGUGUCAGCAGACAAGGUUCUCAAGAUCUGUGAUUUUGGGGCAUCCAAGUUCCUGACCCACACAACACACAUGUCCUUGGUGGGCACGUUUCCCUGGAUGGCUCCGGAGGUGAUCCAGAGCCUGCCUGUGUCUGAGACGUGUGACACGUACUCCUACGGUGUGGUGCUUUGGGAAAUGCUCACUCGUGAGAUACCCUUCAAAGGCCUGGAAGGUUUACAAGUGGCCUGGCUCGUGGUGGAGAAAAAUGAGAGGUUAACCAUCCCGAGUGGCUGUCCGGACAGCUUCGCUGAACUCAUGAGGAACUGCUGGAUAGCAGAACCUAAAGAAAGGCCAAUGUUCAAGCAGAUCCUCUCUACUUUGGAGUCCAUGUCUAAUGACAGCCAACUUCCUCAACAGUGCAACUCUUUCCUUCACAACAAGGCUGAAUGGAGGUGUGAGAUUGAAGCUACGCUUGAGAGACUUAAGAAGCUGGAGAGAGACCUGAGUACCAAAGAGCAGGAGCUGAAGGAGCGAGAGCGUCGUCUAAAGAUGUGGGAGCACAAACUCAUCGAACAGUCCAACAGCCCGUUGCUGCCCCACUUUGACAUCUAUACAUGGACAGAAGAGCAUGUGCAUUUCUGGAUGCAGCAAAUAUUUGGCGCAGAGGAGGGUACACAUGGCAUGCAGUUGUACGCUGACCUGUUUAAAGAAAACCACAUCACUGGAAAGAGGUUGCUGUUGCUCACAGAAAACGACAUGAGGGACAUGGGGGUCAAGUCCAAAGGUCACGUCAUGCACCUUAAGGGUGAAAUUGAAAAGCUAACAAAUGAUUACCUCAGUCUGGUCCACUUCCCACCUCUGCUGAAGGAUGAGCUGGGAAAGGAGGUUGAGAUGAGUAAAACUGUAAAUCUGGAGCUGGUGUUUGGGUACCACUGGAAACCAGGAACUGGUAAAUCUGACUGCAAAUGGAAGAUGUACAUGGAACUGGAUGGAGAUGACAUCGCGUUAACCUACAUCAAAGAUGUCAUCUUUAAUGUCAACCGACAAGAUGUGGAAAUCCUGCGGAUGACGAAGCCACCUUUUGUGAUGGACAAAUGGAUCGUUGGAAUACAGCAGAACCAUAAAGUCGACUACACAGUCAAUUAUGAGAAUGAUGUCAAGUCACCAAAGUCUACCAGACACAGCUGUCAAGUGACGUGGAGUCACAUUGGGAGACAAGACGAGAUCAAGACUGUGGAGCUGGUCAUCGAAGCAACACCAGCUAACAUCAACUUGAGCCCCAUAGACAAGUCUUACUCUGAUAUGGAUACCACAUGGAUGUACAAUGUAAGGAAGAGGCAGUUAAACACCGAGAAGUCCCUGCAGACGAGUGCUGCUGUGACUGCCCGCACUCUGCCACAGUUCCUGUCUGCACAUGAAAGCCAGGGGUUUUCUUAUGCUGCAGCUGUGCGUCGCUCUCCAAACCGCGCCCAUGCAUCUAGAUGGAUUGACUCUCGCAGCUCCUCGCCCACUACCAGCCUGUCGGCCAAACUCUCCUCUCUCCAUCUGGGGUCAAAGGGCAGCAGCCCUUCCAGCACCACGUCAGAGAGCGCCUCAGAGAGGGAACGAGAGCGCCCACUCAGUGCUGGAGCAGUGCAUGACCACCGCAGGAACCUCUACUUUGGCAACACAUUGGCUGUGCAAGGGGAUCAGGGUCAAGGGUAUGAAUGGGCCAAUGCUAGAGGUAACUAUGUUCAUAAUAAAACCAUCAAAACCUCACGGCAGCCAGGGAGGCCACGGUCCAACAGUUACAGCGUCGCACCACAGAAAGGCCCCUCCAUACCAGGUAUAUUGUCUGUGACAGAAAACCCGAGUGAGGAAAGACAGGGGCCCAAAACCAGCGAUGGAGGGUGGAUCAAAGUGGAGCGACAGAAAAGAUUACCACGUCAGGACAAUAAACAAGUCAGAGGUCGACAGAGGAGAGGGGGCAGGGGAGGGCGUGGUGCUGGUGCUGGUGCUGGUGCUGGAGGAAGAACUUAAUGUGAGCCACACAGGGCAGCUGUGGCUACUGAUGUAGCUUACCACCACCGGUAUGACUGUGUGUGUGUAUGACUACUGGACUCUGGACUCUGUAAAGCGACUUCAGGUGACUUGAGAAGCGCGAUAUAAAAUAAAUGAUUAUUAUUAUAUUAUUACAUGAAGGGAUAGCUCUGAAAAGGUUUUUUAUGAAUUAUGUCUGCUUACAUGCUGAAAAUGAACUGCUUAUUGUAUAAGAAUCACACUGACGCCUAUGAUCGGAUGUAUAUAUGUAUGAAUAUAUGCUUUUAUUGUAAAAAAAACUCUCCUGUCAUGUUAUUAUAAAUGCUGUUUUAUUAUUUUAGAAAUAAACAAUUCUUCAUUUCCUUCCUUUCAUUAAAAAGUAGAUGGCAAUUGACCAGUAGCAUAGAUGUUUGACUUUUUUUAAAUUCUUAUUUAUCAGCCUGGUUUCUCGCAAGUAAUUAAAUACACUGUUAUGACACCUUUACCCAAGAUAAAGUGUUCAUUUGUACAAAUCCAUA